CCCCCCCAGUGUCGACGCUUAGGAGAAACGAUCCGCCAGCGCCCCCGCCUCUCUGCCGCUGCAGCGCCCUCCGGCCGCCAUUCGCCACCGAAACUUUCCAGCGCCCGCGCCUCUCGGGGACUCGGUGGUGGCGCGGGGGGCGGCUGGGGGGGGGCGCGGCGCGCGACUGCUCCGGGGCUCCGGGCCCUCGUCUGUCUUCGCGUGGCCCUCGCUCGGUGACGGCCGUCCGGCCGGGAGGGACGCGCGGAGCGUAGCCACAAGUUGCAGGGCUCGAGGCUAGAUCUGAAACCUGUCCCUGCUAACCUACUAACUGGAGCUGCUCCUCCAGCACCUGGCUUUUUGUGAUCAGGUGUUACUGGCUAGUCCUGAACUUUUAAUACUCCUGUUUCCGCCUCCUGAGACUUGGAAUUAUAGGUAAACAGGUAUUUGAAGAUAGAAGAGAGGUCUGAAAAGGACAUUCCUGGAAUAAAGAAAGGAUUUGUCUGCAUUUGUUUCUAAUCCGGUUCUGGUGCUCUUGGACGCCUUGCAGUGUGGUGUGUAUGAUCGGAUGCUGGGAGGCCCACUGCUCUGGAAGUCUACACAUGAACUCAUUGUGACGAGCGCGGCUCCCAGUUCUUGAAGACAAAGACCUCAUCGCUGCAAGGUGAGGCUAAGAUGAGCAUUACCAGCGACGAGGUGAACUUCCUGGUGUACCGCUACCUCCAGGAGUCAGGUUUUUCCCACUCCGCCUUCACUUUUGGGAUCGAGAGCCACAUCAGCCAGUCCAACAUCAAUGGAACACUCGUGCCACCGGCUGCCCUCAUCUCCAUCCUUCAGAAAGGACUGCAGUAUGUGGAGGCUGAGAUCAGCAUCAAUGAGGAUGGGACGGUAUUUGAUGGCCGCCCCAUCGAGUCCCUGUCACUUAUUGAUGCUGUGAUGCCCGAUGUGGUCCAGACACGGCAGCAGGCCUUCCGGGAGAAGCUCGCCCAGCAACAAGCAAAUGCAGCCGCUGCAGCUGCGGCAACAGCAGCCACAACCACAGCAGCCUCCACAGCAACUGCGUCCCAGCAAAAUCCACCAAAGAAUGGAGAGGCCGCCCUGAACGGGGAAGAGAAUGGAGCCCAUGCAAUAAAUAAUCAUUCAAAACCAAUGGAAAUAGAUGGGGAUGUUGAAAUUCCAUCCAGCAAAGCCACAGUCCUUCGAGGCCAUGAGUCUGAGGUGUUCAUUUGUGCCUGGAAUCCUGUUAGUGACCUACUUGCUUCUGGAUCUGGAGACUCCACUGCAAGGAUAUGGAACCUUAAUGAGAACAGCAACGGGGGUUCCACACAGCUGGUGCUGAGGCACUGCAUACGCGAAGGGGGACACGAUGUCCCCAGCAAUAAGGACGUCACCUCGCUAGACUGGAAUAGUGAUGGGACACUGUUGGCUACAGGUUCUUAUGAUGGUUUUGCAAGAAUAUGGACAGAAGAUGGUAACCUAGCCAGCACCUUAGGUCAACAUAAAGGCCCCAUCUUUGCCUUGAAGUGGAACAAAAAGGGGAAUUACAUUUUGAGUGCUGGUGUAGACAAGACAACAAUCAUUUGGGACGCGCACACAGGAGAAGCCAAACAACAGUUUCCUUUUCAUUCAGCCCCAGCCCUUGAUGUGGACUGGCAGAACAACACUACCUUUGCCUCGUGCAGCACAGACAUGUGCAUUCACGUGUGUAGACUCGGCUGUGACCGCCCAGUCAAAACCUUCCAAGGACACACGAAUGAGGUCAAUGCCAUCAAGUGGGAUCCUUCUGGAAUGUUGCUAGCCUCCUGUUCUGAUGACAUGACAUUAAAGAUCUGGAGUAUGAAGCAGGACACGUGUGUCCACGACCUUCAAGCUCACAGCAAAGAGAUAUACACCAUCAAGUGGAGUCCCACGGGACCAGCCACCAGCAAUCCAAACUCCAGCAUCAUGUUAGCAAGUGCUUCGUUUGACUCUACAGUUCGACUGUGGGAUGUGGAGCGAGGUGUUUGCAUCCAUACAUUGACCAAGCACCAGGAGCCUGUCUACAGUGUAGCUUUCAGCCCUGAUGGGAAAUAUUUGGCCAGCGGGUCCUUUGACAAGUGUGUCCAUAUCUGGAAUACUCAGAGUGGAUGUCUCGUCCACAGCUACCGAGGCACAGGUGGCAUCUUUGAGGUGUGCUGGAAUGCUCGAGGAGACAAAGUGGGUGCCAGCGCAUCUGAUGGCUCUGUCUGUGUUUUAGAUCUUCGAAAGUAAACACAAAAUAUUAUAGAGAGAGAGGAAAAAAAAAGAAUUCUAAUGGACCAGCAGUGAAUGUGUGGGAUUGCAGCAUCCUUCCAAUGAUCAGCUCCAAACUGUGUGAACUUGACUUGUGUUUGAGUGUGCUUGGAAAUCACCUUGUCCCUGGCCACAGGAUUCUUUUUUUUUUUUCAUAAUCUCCAUCUGGAAGUUUAAAACAUAGAUAUAAAAUCAUACACACAGUUGUAUCACAGGGGGAAUAUGGUUUUCAGCUAGAGUGCUCAGCUGGGGAAGGAUGAAGCCAUCAGCUACAUGGUGCAUGGUUUGGUUUCCAUCCACAACAGGCUCUGAUGACUGAACAUGGAAGGAAGAACAAAAAGCUGUGCCAAAUAAAUAAGAAUAAAGAAAGAAAAAGCAAAGAAGAAGAGAAAAAUGCUGUGACAAACCAAAAGGGAGGAAAAAACUCCCACUUAAGGUUUUCCCUCCUGUCAAUUUGGAUACUACAGUUGCUCUCCAAAAGACCAGUUUGUACCAAGGAAAUGUAUGAAUUUGUAAUCCCAACACUUUGUAUUUUCUAGAACUUUCUUUGGUGGUUUUCUAUCUUGUUGGAAUUCUGUGGUCUGGGGGCCUUCUGCCUCAGAUGGAAACUGUUUGGUUUGUUCCCUACCCUUCCGCUGUUGUCCUUGGUCUGGUGUGGUCUCACUUCUCAUGAAGCCCAGCAUAGACAUGGACACAUGGACACAAUGGAAAGAUCUUUGAUGGACAGCACUCUCCCUCCCUCCAGCCCACCCCUAUCCUUUGCUCACUCUCUGUCCUUUUCUCAUAGUUGCUUCACAUCUUAGGUACCAAGAGGGCACUUUCAGAGCUUAGUAAGUGCUUUAUGUGAGAAGGCAGGGAGGGGGACUUUUUACAGGAGAAAAAAAAAGACUUAUAAGAGAAAGAGCCUGGAAUAUUUUUGGAAAAAAUAUUUUUAUGUUAAAACGAUUAUAAAAUCCUAAAAUGGCCAUCAGACAUAGAGAGUUUUGUGUGAUUCAUAUUUAAAAGACUAAGAAGACACAGAGUCUGAGGUGUCUAAUUACCCCUUUCCCUUUAGCUUCAUGAAAGGCAGUUAGAAAACCCUGGAUUGGGCAGCGUCCUAUGGAAGAACAGGGGUUUGUUUGACAGCUGGUGGGGAAGAGCUUGGUGCUUAGGCAUCAAGCAGAAUGCUGCAUUGUUCAGUGUGUAUUUUACCAAGCAGCAGGAACACAGUGAAGAAGCCGGCCCAAGACGGUGUGGCUCCAUGGCACUUGCCUGCUACGUCUUUUCUUUCUCAGAGCAGUGUCGCUACAGAUGGGCACUUAUCAGGCUUGGUGAGGCAUAUGCAGAACUGACCCGAAGAUCCCACUGUCAUUAAGUCUAGUAAAGACACUAAAUGAGGAUCAGAGGACACUUUCAAUCUUGAAAAUGAAUUAUGACCCUGGUAGAAUGUCGCUAAUUCAUUUUCUGCCCUCUACAAUUUCUUUCACAGGAAACUAGGACAAAGGUUAUUUUUUAAAUAAUCUUUUUGUUGUUGUUGUUUUUAACCAUUUGUAAAGAACUAAAGGCUUUGUGUUCCUAGCAAAGCUAGUCAUCGUUGACUCAGGUGACCUUUGCUUACUUCUUGUCAUAAUUUGACACUGACCUGUUUAUUAAAUUAGCAAUGGGAGAUAGACCAGAAGGGGACUGGUCCAAGUCAUUGGGGUUGCAAGUAGGGUGGCAGUGUGCAGAGUUCAGUCUGAAGCUGAGGCAGCCAUUAUGAACACAUGUGGAUGCGGAGGCAAAAAUCGACUAAUAGGGAAGGCCAGGCACUUCUUACGCAGCAGAAAAUGCCAGGACCAGCAACACGAGUUGGCCUCCACUUGGACAUGUGAAUUAUGCGAGCCCCAAAAGACCAAGUGCUGUGUUACUGAGUUUGCGCUCUGGCACCUAAACAGCAAAGAAGCCAGAGUGCUCUGUAGUCUCCAGAGUAAAUUUGAUCACAACAGGGAUCUCUGAAAAAGUGGACAUGAAGCUUCGUACUCUGAGAACAUUUAAGAUUUGGAAUAUAGGUUUUAAGAGUCCAGAUAAAUACUAUCUUUGUUCCCCAAAUAAAAGUCUCUUCAUUUCUGUAGAAGAUCAGCUACCAAAAGUGAGAGCAUGGCUUGCAUUUGACAAGCUCCACAUUGUUAUGGGAUGGUGAUGGGUCGAUGGCACGCAAGGGGCUCACUAGACAAUCCCUGGGUGUCCAGGCUGGACCCCAAAGAUGAAUCUAAGCCACAUAAGAAUUGUUAGGUUAGAGUACAGAGUUGUGAGACCAGGACAGAAAGGUUCGGCCUGCACAAGAAGAAGCCUAAAGACCCCCCACUUUCUUGCCCUCCCAUCUAGCCUUGGAAAGGGACUUAGUGCCGGCCACAAGGGGACCAAGCAGGAGAAUGCAACCCACUUCCCUCAAGUUAUCUCCAUUAAACAGCUCAAUCCACAAGUGUUUCUGGAGAGGCCAGCAUUUGCAUGCCAUCAUUUGCCCUGCUGCCAGACAGCUGGUGCAUCAUCUUUGUGCUCAAGGUGGCAGCCCAUGUGUAAUGCUGUUGCUUAACAUUGUUUACAACUCCUAAAACAUUGUGAGAAUUGCUUACGUCUUGUGACCAAAUUCAGCCUUGAAAGCAGUGUAGCCAUAUAACAGUCCUUUCUGGGAUCUUUCCUUGGGUUUGAAGUGACCAUGCAAUGUGCCCAGCACAUCCAGAAUGCUACCUGUAGGGGACCGAAGGGCCAGAUGGAUAUCAUAGGGUUCAGCUCUCUGACCCCACAUGACACUGUAGGACUUGACUUUUUGUUCUGUCUGACUAAAACAUAGACCAUGGAGCCAAGUGAAGUGCACUUUGUCAAAUUUAAGGAUCUGCUUUAGUUCCUUGUUUUUCUCUUUUCAAACCUUUCAUUCAACUUUUUCAUUCUAUUUCCUAUCAAAUGCAGAAAUGUCUCUUUUGCAACUCCCUGAAGUUUUGAAUUCUGGCUUCUGCAGUUUUUAUUGUCUGUGUCAGACGUACAGCCAGACGUGGUUCUCUGUCAACAAUUUCCUUGUUCUGUUAAGCAACAUUGACCCCCACCCCUUGUCCUCUACCCCCAACUCCCACUCACCCUUCACGCUCUUGGAGGCAAAAAAAAAGAAUCACCUUGUGUUUCGUAGCUCAUUUGUUUCAAGAGAGAAUCAAAGGAUCAUAUUCAGUGUCUUGAAUAAAUCGCUCUAUUUUGAUAUUAGAGAA